GAUGCGAGGGGACCAAUCAGGAUACUGGGAUUGGCUAACGUCAUAAGAGUGGGCGGUUCCCAGGUCGGUGUGGAAUCUGAUAUUAAGGGGUGUGUGGCACGGUGCCUGUCAGUGUGUCUCCUGCUGGUGGUAGUAACGUUACGCUUAUUUCGUACCUUGUAAAUCCAGUGCUGCUAUCAACGAAUAAAUAUGGAUCACGCGGGCCAUGACCAUAUGAACCACGGCAACAUGGACCACGGCAGCAUGGACCACAGCAACAUGGACCACGGCAGCAUGGACCACUCCGGCAUGGACCACGGGGACCACUCAGGACACAACAUGGCCAUAGCGGUGGUGAACACAACGAUGAGGGCGAUAAUGGAGGCAAUGCAGACCACGGAGGCGGCCAUUGACCACGCGGGUCACGGGGACAUGAACCACGCGAACAUGGGCCAUGGGCAGGCGAGCUCUGCACCUGUGAGCCAUGGACACGGCCACGGACACAGGGACAUGGACAUGGAUAUGGACAUGGACAUGGGAAUGAGUAUGAGCUUCCACUUUGGGUAUAAUGAGACCAUUCUGUUUGACUGGUGGAAGAUCAGUAAUAUUGGUGGCCUCAUUGGCUCCAUGGUGGGCAUCUUCAUCCUGGCCAUGAUGUACGAGGGACUCAAGUACUGGAGAGAGCACCUCUUCCGGAAGUCCCUGGCGGCCAUGCAGUACUGUGCUAAGGUGGAGAAAGGCAACGUCACCGAGCAGGACAAACCCUCACAAUAUAUGGAGCAGAUCAUUAUGCCCCCCACGAUGAACAUGCUGAGUGUGGAGCACGGGGUCCAGACUCUGCUACACAUGGUCCAGAUGAUAGUGAGUUACUUCCUCAUGCUGAUCUUCAUGACCUACAACGUGUGGCUGUGCAUAGCAACGGUGCUCGGAGCGGGCCUUGGCUACUUCCUCUUUGGGUGGCGCAAGUCUGUGGUGGUUGACAUAACCGAGCACUGCCACUAGUCCCCGCGUGUGUGUCUGUCAGUCUGUGAAGAGAGAGUUGUGAAUCAGUGGUUAUUAUUGUUGUUUUUUAUAUAGACGGCUGUGUUUGUGAGAAACGCUGUGGUAACAAGGAAAUAAACCACAGUUUGUACGUUUACUGAACCUGGAGGUACAUGCAUUCACUCCAUAUCAUUGAUUUUUGAUCCAUUUUUUUUUUUUAUAUUAUAUACACCUAUACAUACAUAUAUAUACAUAUAUAUAUAGAAUGAACAAGAUGAUCAAGAACGUUGUAAUUACUGAUCACUCCUGUUCAUCUUUUUAAAUGUUUUAUUUUUUUAACAAAUAUAAAACACGACUGAUGGAAAGAAUGUGGUGUGCAUACAGGACGACUUAGGUUGACUUAGCAAUGCAGUGUUAGUGUUUGGGGUGGAUGGUGUGUGGGUGAUGGAGGGGACUGCUAAAUGUACAAGCCUUUGGUGCUUCAUUGCCAGCGGGGAAAGACUGACGACUGGGAACACUUUAGCUGACCGAUGCAACUGACCAGAGUUUUAGAUAUUGAGAAUGACUAUUUUAUCUUCCUACAGAGACAUCACACCUUUACAAACCCAAGUCACUGAUUAUCUCCAUCAAAUAAUUAUUCCUUAAAUACUUAAUGCUUUUUAAUUUUAGUGAAUAAUGAAAUAUCUGAGGUAAAUCGUGGCUAACUGAACUCUCAAACAUCCCAGUCAGUCUCUCACUUCCCUGUAUUUCACUGGUUGCAAGAUGGAGCACUGCUGCAAUGAUUUUCCAUGUGAAUAUUGUUGUAAAUAACAGUUCUGAUUGAUUGCCA